CGACCACCAACGGAAAUGACUUCUGCAAGCAGUAGCUUCCAGGCGGACACAGCAACGUUUCAGUGUGAAAUUGUAAUGUUGAUUCGGCUUCCCGGGUGUGUCGUAAACAUAUUUACGUCUCUGUGCGUUUUAAUGGAGGCGUAAAGUUUUAACAGCAUCAUCGUUAGUCUCUGUUGGCUACAAAAGCCCCCAGUGUUAGCUUAGCAUGUUAGCUGAAAGUAGACAGCACUGGGCAACACAGCGAGUCGUAGGGACUCUUUGGUGGAGGGCGGACUGUGUUUCUGAUGGAGUUUAAGGAGAGAAUCGCUUCAGCAUUUACGAAGGUCGAGAAAAGGCAGUUAACAGAUGAAGCAACCAACACACCGUGAGCAGAUGGGCUCUCAGUUUGAAGACAACCAGCAGCUGUCAGUGAUCAAGGACGAGCUUCCUGCUGAAGACCAGGUGCCCCCACAGAUUAAAGAGGAACAGGAGGAGAAUGAGAUCAGUGAGUCAGCAUUAAAUCCCGUCCCUGUGAAGAGUGAAGAUGACGAAGAGAAACCUCAGCUUCCAGAACUGCAUCACAGCCAGACUGGGGAGAACGCUGCUGGACAAAGACCCAAUCCAGACGAAUGUUUAGAAUCAGAUGGUGAAGACAGAACUUUAGAUUCUUCUUCCGAGUCUUCAGAGACGGACGUCAGUGAUGGAAACUGGGAGGAGAGCAGUGAAACCCAGUCAGGUUUAGACUCUGUGAAGCACAAAGUCCCUGUUGGGGAUAGAAAAACUCAGAAAGGUAAAAAGAUCCACAUUUGCUCUGAGUGUGGGAAAACAUUCAGCCGCAAACCAAAUUUGUUAGAACACAACAGGAUCCACACUGGAGAGAAACCUUUCAGCUGCUCCGUCUGUGGCAAAACCUUUACAUGGAAACAGUCUUUGACACAACAUAUGAGAACGCACAGCGAAGGAAAACCUUUCAGUUGCUCAGUCUGCGACAAAUCUUACACUUCUAAGGGGAACCUAAUGGAACACACAAAAGUCCACACUGGGGAACGACCUUUCAAAUGUUCUGUCUGUAGCGCAGCCUUUAAAAGGAAGAACAAUUUAAUAGAACACGUAAGGAUCCACACUGGGGAGAGGCCGUUCAGCUGCUCCGUCUGUAACAAAGCUUUUACCUCUAAAGGAAACUUGAUAGAACACACAAAAGUUCACACAGGGAAAAGACCUUUUAGAUGUUCUCUCUGUAAUGCAGCUUUUAAAAAUAAACACACCUUGGUAGAACACACAAGGACCCACACCGGGGAGAGGCCGUUCAGCUGCUCCGUCUGCAGCCGAACCUUCGGCCACAAGUCAUAUCUUGCCGUUCACAUGAGAGAUCACACGGAAGAGAAACCUUACAGUUGUUCUUUUUGCAAGGCAGCGUUCAAAAGGAAAUUCACUUUAGUGGAACACACAAAAACCCACACCGGGGAGAAACCCUACAGUUGCUCCGUUUGCGGCAAGAGCUUCGCUCACUGUCUGAGUCUAACCUGUCACAUGAGGAGUCACACAGGAGAGAAACCCUACAGCUGCUCCGUCUGCAAAGCAACGUUCAGAUGGAGACAAGCAUUUGUGAAACACACAAGUACCCAUACGGUGGAAUGACCUCUUACCUGCUCACACUACAAUUAUGGCUUUAGUUAGCUUUAAAUGGCCUAUUCACAUACUAUGUCCAUAAAAAUCACAGAAAACUAUAUAUUGGUUUUCAAAUAAAGCAACAGAUGCUGAGCCGUCGUCCUGCUAGUGUUUACUUAGUCCUUUUUGAGCAUGGAAAGAACUUUCCACCGGGCACCAUCAGCACACGUAAACAUUGUUGUACCAUCUGCCAACAGUCCUGCCGAACUAUCAGAAAGCAAGAUGGCAGCAGUUGACACAGUAAGAGCCAGCAGGCCGUCCUGCAAUGCCUCGCAGUCAAGCUACAACUCGGCCUGGUCCCAGCCCAACCCGAACUACAGGGUUAGAUUACUCAACCUCAUUAUUUAUGGUGUUAUAUACAUGAGGUAAAUGUGUGUUUUAUACAGUACAAUAUCAACAACAAAAAUGAACAACACUGAAAUAAUGGUAGCCAGUAAACAGAUGGUUGAAUAGAGACAAAUUUACUGGGUUAAUACGCAGGACAAUUUGUUUGUUUUGUUUUGAUUGUCAGAGUCUGCUGUUCAUUAGAGCGAUGGCUUGUGGGAAGAAACUGUUGUGGCGUACAGUGCUCUGUAGCACCUACCAGAGGGGAGAAGCUGGAGCAGGUUGUGGCCGGGGUUGAGGUGGAUCUGCAGUGAUGUUUUUUUUGUCUGUUUCCUGACUUUGGAAAGGUACAGGACCUGAAUGGACGACUGGUUGGCCCUGAUGAUCUUUUCUACAGUCUUGACCAUCCGUUGCACUCUGACCCUGUCCUGUUUGGUGGCAGAUCCAAACUAGACGGUGACAAAUUAGUAGAGGACAGACUGGAUGAAGGCUGUGUAGAAGUGAGCCAGCAGCUUCUUAGACUCCUUGUUAUUGGAAAUAUAUAUACAAAAGUGAUUUGUUUGCUGUGACAAAAUGUUUAUAAUUGAAUCUGAAUCUUAAAUCACAUUGUAAUGAAGUGGAUUGAUUUGAAUAAAAUUCUGACCCAACUGGACUCUAUAUACUUGGGUAUGAACUGGA